ACUCAGUCAGCAAGAGCAUCGAGGAGGGAGCAGUCACUUACAUGUGCUAUGCGCUUCUUUCAACAGUUUUCUGUAGUAGGCGCCGUGGGCCGUGGUCGCUUAUUGUGCUUCGACAUGUCGUGGCUGAUACAAUCUCUCGCCCACCUCACUCGACAGAGAUAUCUUAUUGCAUUGACAGUGUUACUAAUAGGCCUUCUCGAACUCAAACGCUCUCAAAUGUAUGCCAUCGAGAGUGUUUUGGAGAAGCCCACUAAUCUGAUCCAGGGCCCUCCUGGUACCGGAAAAACAGUAACUUCAACUUCUAUCGUCUAUCAUCUCGCCAACAUGAAUCUCGGUGAAGAGUUCGUCUGCACGCCGUCGAACAUGGCUUUCGACCUUGCGUUAUUAUCCCAGACAUAGUUACAUAUUCACG